GUUCCGCGCUCCAUUCUAACCAGUUCAGUUCGACGAAGUGUCAACCGACGAAGUAGUAGCAGCAAACGCGUUUCUGUUCCGCAAACAUCUGUUCCUGCGAGCGGUCUGUGCUUUGCGGCCGGAAACCGGAGUGACAAAAAGCUUCCAUCCUUGGGAGUUUUUCGCGGCUGGUUCGCCCUUUCGCCAAAAUAUCAGGGCUUGCCGUAUCCUCAAGCAGGCGGCGAAGGAAAUACAUACUUUCACAUCUCUACACAUUCUGGCUUGCUCUGCUGGUGGAAGGUUGAUAGAAACGUACAGAAAAAAGGUCAAGGGACAAGGAUGGCCCCGAACGCAACUGUGGAGGCAACCGGCGUGCUGAACGAGCUUGACGCCGAAACGAUCGACGGAGGUUUGGCGAAGGAUGUGACCCCGCUGAAGCGUGCGGAAAAGCGCAAGAUAAAGCUGGUUUGGAGGAAUGUAAUUGCAUUUGGUUACCUUCAUCUGGCCGCCGUUUACGGUGCCUUUCUUAUGCUGACAUCGGCCCGUCUCUACACUAUCGCAUUCGCAUUUGUUCUGUAUGUCGUAUCUGGGCUGGGCAUUACGGCAGGAGCGCACCGACUGUGGGCCCAUCGAUCGUACAAGGCGAAGCUACCCCUGCGCAUCAUACUGGCCGCGUUUAACACGAUCGCGUUCCAGGACUGUGCGCUGCAUUGGGCCCGUGAUCAUCGGGUGCACCACAAAUACUCCGAAACCGAUGCCGAUCCGCAUAACGCAACUCGUGGAUUCUUCUUUUCGCACAUCGGUUGGUUGCUGUGUCGCAAGCACCCGGAAGUCAUCGCCAAGGGCAAACAAUUGGACAUUGCGGACUUGGAAAGCGAUCCCGUGCUGCGCUUCCAACGCAAACAUUACAUGAUUCUGAUGCCGCUGGCCUGCUUUGUUCUGCCCACGAUUGCUCCGGUGUACUUCUGGAACGAAACCUGGACCAAUGCGUGGUUCGUUGCCACGCUGUUCCGCUGGACAUUCAUUCUGAACGUGACCUGGCUGGUGAACAGUGCUGCCCAUAAGUGGGGCGAUAAGCCGUACGAUAAGUCUAUCUCGCCCUCGGAGAAUCGCACAGUGGCUUCGUUCGCUUUUGGCGAAGGAUGGCAUAACUAUCAUCACGUGUUCCCGUGGGAUUACAAGACGGCCGAGCUGGGCAACUACCGAAUGAACCUGACGACGGCAUUCAUCGAUUUCUUUGCCAAGAUUGGUUGGGCGUACGAUCUGAAGACGGUCUCGCAGGAAAUAGUGGAGAAGCGCGUCAAGCGUACCGGUGACGGUACCCACACGACCUGGGGCUGGGGCGACAAGGAUCAGGAUCAGUACGAGGUGAAACAUGCAACCAUCAUCAACCAGAAGGAGGAUUAAAAUAAUCAUCAUGCAAGGAGGGGAUUAGUGUUACACCGUCCGAGAACACAACAUGUUGGCGGAGUGAUGAUACUGAUACACAUCUUGGAAAGAAUUCAUAGAGCUCAAAACUCAUUCACGAUGAGAAGCAGGGAAGAGGUGCAGAGACUAAAAUUGUAAUGCUGUGUGAUAGAAAAGAAAUCGAAUGAAGGAAAACAAAUAGGUGGGUGUGUGUGGGGCGAGAACUCGCAGUUCUAUUUAGAAGUUGCGAGACACAAAACAAAUGGGAAAGAUGGUUUACAAACUAAUGCUCGAAGCAAAGAAUAAUAACAUCAACAAAGGCUGGUUCACAUAAGUUACGUAACGUUAAAAACACAUCCCCAAACGCAAAACGCACUUACCGAUUAGGAACACAUGAUCGGAAACUAAAGGCCGUACAUUUUGGAAAGUAAGAAUAAUGUCAGAUUGUCAUUUGCACUUUCGUUACGCAACACCAGGCGUACCACAACAGAUAAUGGAUGCGAUAUUGAAAAGAAAACAGGGUUUAACGUUAGUAGGGUUCCAGGAUUGCGUGGGGACAAGGGUAGAAGCCUCCAUUUAAUGCACGGCACUGAGCCAUCCAUUGAUUUAACCCAGUUUGUGACAGAAAGAUUGGUGUAGCGAAAAGAAGUAACUUACCUCCCACAAGGGUUUGUGAGACAACAACACGUACGGCGGCAACUCUUUGUGAUAGGAGCAAAUGUUUGUUUUGCUUGUUUUGUUCUUCAAGAUGAGCGCACUCUAGAGAUUAGCUUCCAUGUUCUGCCACAUCCUUCGGAUUAGUAAUAUGCGCUGAUACAGUUCAAAACGGAAACUAGUGACUGUUCCAGUAUAGUUAGGCGCGUGGGGUGGGCACGAUUUUUUGGUUAAAUAGUUUGUAGUAAGAGGGGUGGGAUUUGGACGCCAAUUUCGAACCGGUGUGGUUCAUCGAUGUUUCGAAAGUUCAAUUUGCGUAGCUAUAAGUUAGUAAUUUAUUGUUCAACUCCUCCCUCUGCGAGGGGUCACACCAUGGCGCCAUGCAAUGAAGUUUUUCUCUCUCUUCGGGGUUAGAAUUGUGUGUAAUCUUUCUAUACUCUCUGGAACAAUACAUUGCAGCAGUGCGAGCAAUUGGUUGAUAUAUUGUAAAAGUUCGUUAACAUUUGAGAGGCCAUCACCAUCGGCAGAAACAGCAGCGCAUUCUUGACGAAGCGGAGAUACAGAGUUGGAGUUAGGCAUACAAUUGAAUUGAUUGGAGAGUCGGAGGAACUUAUCUAUGCAUGUUGUGUGUAGGGUUGAAAUAAAAUGGAAAGCGUAUACAUUAGAAUACAGGCGCCAUGCAUUGAUUACUGUACCUGAAGUCCGGAUAACUCUAGACCAAGGUCAUGAUACUCAGGAAGCGUAAUUACAGUACAGAGUUACUGUAAACAAUUACAUGUUUGUUCGCUUUUGUUUCUUCGCAUUUUGCUCGCCGUAAUAUGCGAACUUUCCGAAAUCCUGUUCCGUUGGUGCGGCUAGAGAUCGGAAAUCUUUUCCGAUCACAAUCUGGGUUAGAUCGUGUGAUCAGCUUGAGUGAAUCGAGAUGGAAUUCUAAAAGACAGCUCGGUUUAAGACUGUUCUUCGCUUUUGUAAAGUGAAAUGAACAUCGAGGAGAAGGCUGAAUAACACCAAAUGCACUUAUAUACGCAAGGACUUGGCGAGUAAUGGGACAACGUUCCAUCGGGCAGGCAUAUCGAGCAAGAAUGGGGCUUUUCAACGAAUUGGCUUUAUUAUUGUACAAGAUCCGGCACCAUUUAUCUCUAGCUUGCACUUCAACGUCAAGAACUAUUAU